AGAGGAAACGGAAGAGACGAAACACAUAAAACUUAUUUCAAAACCUUUUUCUCUGGUUGUGGCAAACAACCUCCAUUCAACAAAGAGAAAGAGAAGACCGCUAAUCUACUGUGAGGAGAUGCCCCCCCAGCCACAGGUGAGGAAGACAUUCCAGGAGUUCCUCAAGAGCUUUGUUGGGGUUGUACGGAUCCUCCAGAUCCUCCUGGGGGCCGGUCUUUGGAUCACCAUCGCAGCUAACAAGUAUGAGGGCGCAGUUCACUUUGUACUGUUCGUGGCUGUCUUCUUCUGGCUUCUCACAUUGGCCCUUUUCCUCCUCACCCUGCUAAACAAGCAGGACUUGGUCCCCAUCCUGGGCGGGGAGCGCUGGUUGUUAACCAACGUUGUACAUGACGUUGCUGCCACCUUGCUUUAUCUGUCUGCCAUCGGGAUCAUGAUCUACAAGACGGAGAAGACUUCCUUCUGCAAUCUCAAACAAUAUGUGCACUACUGUUCAUUCAGGGUCUACCUCACUGGCUCUGUGUUCGCCAGCCUGACUGCCUUCACCUACCUCCUAUCAGCAAUUUAUGGCCUCGUCAGAAAGUGCCGGGGUGAGCAGACUGUUGUGUAAAACACGACACAGGCUCAGGACACCAAGGAAUGGGGGAGGGAGGCUUUUGCUUCGAACAGUGAGCCCUGUCAGGGGAACAGAUUUUUUUAGGUUGCACACAGCUGGCUUUGAAAGUUUUUGGGUAAAAAACAACUUGUCUCAAGGCUUUUAAGUUUGUUGACAUUAUAUACAGUAAUUUAAAGGCAUUUAUAUCUUUAGCA